AUGGAGCUGACAUUAACGCAGAAGCUCAAGCGGUGGAUUGCCCUCAAAAUCGAGCCAUCUCUGAUCAGAGUGAAGAUGUAUCUCGAGCAGACUGGAAGAUGGAACAAGGCCCAAAGAUUACGCUGCUGUCAAGGCAGAUGGCAAGUGGCACACGACAAGAAAACGAAGGAGGCGGUGCCCUCCAUGUUGGAGAACGAUAUGCGCCAGCAAGAGAUUAUCCAACGGGAAGCGUUUCUGCUCGAAGAAUGUCAACGGGUAGACAGAAGAGUUCUACUAACCAAGGACGAUCAAAAACAACUCGAAGAGUGGCAGAAGGAACGGUAUACGUUGAACCAAGAACUCUGGCGGGCCGAAAGAGAGGGCUAUAUGCUCUGGCAGAGAAUGCCCAAAUCUCCGUACCAACGCGGGAUGGCGACGAAAAGGAAGCACCCCGAAUGGUACAUGAUGAAGAGUCUUCGCCUGGAUUGUGCUGGGAGAGGAGGGUGCUGCGGUCGUGACUGUAGAUGUUGCGAGCGGCCGCGGGGGACGAUUCGACUGAAAGCAUUCGGUCACUGUACGGCCUAA